GCCUAACAAAUGUUGUCGCAAGCGGAAGAAACCUGAGAACCACUCCACGGAACCUCAACUCCUUCGGAUGAGACUCCUACCAAUAUCUGUUCUUUUUCUUUCCUGAGACAGAAGCCUUAGCUUGACCACCCGUUUCGCGAUGCCUCAGCUAUCGCGGUAUUAUUCCGUGAUUGUUCCGGUCACUAUUGUCGCCGCUUCACUUCUCACCUACCAGAUCUACCUAUCGACUAGAACUCCUAACAUCAAAAGGUUAAAACGGUCUAACGCUCGAAGGGUCUCCCGCAGAAAUCCCCGCCGUUUCGGUUCGGUCAAUGGCCUUGGCAGCAGCGAAGUUGGCGGGAUCGAUUCUGAGGGAAAUGUGCUCUCGGACGAACGCUUGCGUGAGGUGUUAGACCAGGAGACCAUCGAUAUCCCCGACUCUAUGGCAGAUACAUUGGUUGAGGCUGCUGUAGCCGCCCGGGAGGCUCGAGGGGCUGGCGGAGGUAUAGGACAGGACGAUCUUAGCGAGUAUAGCUACGCUCCCGAGCCUAAGGAGAACCAGAACCUACUAAACUUGCUCUAUCUUAUCGCGGAGGAGCAGUCGAAAAGGGAUUCAUACGUCCACCGAGGAGUUACUUGCAAUGCUUGUAAUUGCUUACCAAUUAGGGGCAUCAGGUAUCGCUGUGCGAAUUGUAUCGAUUUCGACCUUUGCGAGGCUUGCGAGGCCUUGGAUUCACAUCCGAAAACACACUUGUUCUACAAAGUCAGGAUACCCGCUCCAUUUCUUGGCAACCCGAGACAAGCGCAGACCCCAUGGUACCCGGGGAAGACUGGUUUAAUGUUACCAGGGCUCCCGGGCGACGUAAUCAGGAAGUUUGGGUCCGAGACAGGGUGUAAGACGAUCCAAUACCUGUCUAGGAUGUACACUAACUUGCAUUUUUGAAUAGUCGAACCACCAGAAGUUGAAGCUCUUUAUGAGCAAUUCAAGUGCCUCGCGGCUUCAGAAUACGUUUCGGAUCCUCUCAAUCUCGGUGGCGCUAUUUCUAGGCAAACAUUUGAUAAGUGCUUCGUCCCGAACACCCACGUGCGGCCUCCACCUCCCAACCUAAUUUACGACCGAAUGUUCGCUUUCUAUGAUACCAAUAACGACGGGUUGAUUGGUUUCGAAGAGUUUGUUCGCGGGUUGUCCACUCUUAACCACAAAAACCGUGCUGGUGAGAGGUUACGCCGAAUCUUCAAUGGAUAUGAUUUGGAUGGAGAUGGCUAUGUGGACCGUAAGGAUUUCUUAAGGAUGUUCCGGGCUUUCUACGCUCUAUCGAAGGACCUUGUCAAGGACAUGGUUGCGAGUAUGGAGGACGACCAUUUGGAAGCUAAUCAAGCAUCCAACGUACUAGUUGGUAGUCAACCAAUUAGUGCUGCGUUUGCCGGAAAUAUUCCUCCCGGGACAAGGAGGUCUGGGAAGGGCGGCGAUGACAUGGAAGAUGAGGAAGUAGACCGGGUCGUUCUUCCCAGUGGAGACGAUAGAGUUCAUGGCGCAGAGCGUUCUGAGUUUCAAACUAGGCGCGAACAGGGUGCGUGCUGCUAAACCGGCUGGUGGCAGAUUAUCCCUGAUACUAGGGGAGCAUAGUGCUGACGAUACUCUUCGCUAAAGAUGUACACGGUAACUCAGCAGAGUCCACAUCUCUUGUGCAGUCCCGUCGCCGCGAGGAGGAGCGUCGCCGUGCCUUUUUUCUCGAUUUACCCUCCUCCCCCCCGGGAUCUUCAGCCUCUGCGGGCCCUAGUCACCAAAUAUCGGACCCGGAAAAGGAUGUGGGAUCAGAGAUUCUUUACCAGAUUACCCAGCAGGGCUUAAACGAGCUACUUGAUCUGCUCUUUGCUGCAAAGGAGGAAUUGGCUCUUCAGGCCAGAGAAGAGCAGGACGAAGAUACCCCAGCCAAGAGGGAGAUUGAAGCGAGAGGCGGAGAAGGAAAACUAGAUUUUGAGGAAUUCGAAAAAAUUAUGAAAGCGAAGCGGGGUGUGGAUCUCGGCUUUGUGGGCACCUGGAUCGAUAUGGCCAAUUUUUAGGGAACCUAGCUUUUUUUAUCCGGAGUUGACUGGUUAUUCCUCAUUUCCUUUGCAUGGGCAAGGCGAACGGUCAGGUGAUUUUACAUGUAACUUUAUGAUUACUUCUUGGACGUUUGUGCAUAGUGUCGUACUAGUACUGGUUGUUUUCUUCUAAUCCUUUAGGGCAUUUAGGCUAUUGCCUUUUUCGACCCUCAUUCUGUAUGGCGCUGGCGGGAGAUGCUGUCGUUGUGGCAACCAAUAUUGGCGGAUAUUCCAACUUGCCUUGCGAUAACACCUGGUAUUCGAGAUUUUACCGUCCCCUCUGUAAAGGCUUUUCCAUUGGCCCUUGAGGUGUAUUCAUGGAGAGGGACCGGUAUGGUGACUCGCUUGAGGAAAUGUGUCCUGCGGAAUGACGAGCCAGUGUGCUUCCUAGAAGUGUCUGGGAGUCCGGUGAAUGGCUCUCUGCAAGACAAACCAUGACACUUUUUCCUGGACGUCAACCAAUCUCGGACAGGGCAAGUAAAAAGGGGAAAAAAAAAGUCGAAACCUCUCACUUAAGUUAAUAGUAUUCUUCAAGCGAUUAUAUUAUUUAUUAUUCCCCGAAUUC